GACAAUGAGUUGGCGGGAACUAUGGACAGUACUUAUUGGGUUGGAUCCUCCUGUACAAUAUUUUCCUCCGGCAGUGGCAUCAAUUAUUUUAUUUAUCAUAAUUUUCGCUACCUGUUUCUGCAUGCAUCGAUUUUCAGAAAGUUUUCCACCGACAUUAAAAAUACUUACCCAAGAUUUCUUCAAAACUUUGCCUUUGUGUACGUAUCCGUUUGGUCUGAUGAUUUUACGGAAAUACCAUGGGGAUAUCGGUUUUGCUCUUUGCAACAUACCUCUUAACACCGCUACAGCUUUACUGCUAUCAUCAGGUGAAGGGUCGCCCGUCGGUAAUUGGUUACUUUUUGUGAAGGGAUCGCAAUCAUUACAACAAUGUAUUAUUAGAAUGGUUACCCAAAUCGGGGCGGGCAUUGCAGGAUUUAGAGUUGGUAAAACAUUAAUGAAAUUAGAUUUACAUCCAGCAUUUGAGGAAAAUCUGAGUCAAACAGAAUGUAUUGCUGCGUUAAAUGUUGCAGUUACAACAGGAUUUAUUAUAGAACUUUUUGGAACAACUUGGGAUGUAUGGUUUCAUUCACAGAAAUUUUCAGACAAUCGUGUGUUGGAUAAGUUCUUGAAAUUUUGUAAUUCGUCUUUAACAUCUUGCUUAGGUGGUUACCCUACUGGCAUGUUCAGGAACCCAGCAAAAGCGAUUGGCCUAACAUUUGGGUGUAAAGGAAUAAGUCCAAGUCAACAUAUAUUUGUUUACUUCUUAGCGCCAUUAAUUGGAAGUUUUCUAGCAUAUAGGUUAAUGUUAAGCAGUACUGUUAAAGAAGGAAAAAAGAUUAAAUCAGAGACAAACAAAUUUAUUCAUAAAAAUAGAGCUUAUAACAAGAAGUAACAGAUUCUAUAAAGAAAACUGAAUAAAGAAUUCAUAUGUUACGAG